CAGAAACCCUUUGCGCGAAAAAAAUAAAAACAAAAGAGCACAAAAACAAUAACACACGACAAAUAAAAAACAACAAGGAAACAAACUCGUGCGAUAUUUUGUUGUAGAUUGUAUUGUGAAAUAUAUAAGCGUCAGAAACUCAUAAAUUGUGGCUAAUCGGAGUUGCUGGAAUAUCGAAAACAAAAAGAAACACGCUAAUUAGGUAAACAGUGUCAAAAAACUAAAGCCCAAGCGCAAGUGCAAUAACUGUAAAUAACAAGAGGAAGAAUCUGAUAAGCAAUAAGAGAGGAGCCCAAAAGCCGGGCUCGAAGGCAUGUGGAAUACGCGACGCUUAGAAUCCAAUAGGCACAAUGUACAGUUAAAUGCGGUAAUACUUGUUGCUAUUGCGCUAAACGCAAUGGUCAUUGCGUUGCCCAAUACAUAUCCACAUCAGCAGAAGAAUCGGAGCGAGUGCUCCAGCAUUGAUGUGCGGAAUGAUUGCAAUAAUCUGCACCUGCUAGACAACUGUACAGUGGUCAUGGGAUUUGUGAUGAUUACGCUCAUAACAAAUGGACUUAAAUGCAAUUAUUCGAUGUACACGUUUCCCAAACUGCGUGAAAUUACGGAUUUUAUGAUAUUUAAUGACGUGCGUGGAUUGGUCAAUAUUAAAAAUAUGUUUCCCAAUCUGACUGUGAUCAAGGGCAAGCGUUUGUUUCUCAAUUAUGCGUUGGGCAUAACAAACAUGCCGACCUUAGAGCUGCUGGAGUUUAAUUCCUUGGUGGCCAUACAGCGUGGUCAUGUGUACAUCGGUAGAUGCAGCAAACUAUGUCAACUGGAGGGUAUCAAUUGGGAUCGCUUAACAUUGAGCACGGGCGAGAACCAUAUAAUAAAGAGUCCUCUUAGCAACUGCACACAGCGUGCCAGCUGCAAAGGUUGCGCCUCCAAUUACUGUUGGUCCAACUUCACCUGUCAGCGCUUUGAGAACGAUAAUGUGGCUCACUAUGAUCGAAAUUCCCAAGACUGCCAUGCCGAUUGCCUGGGUGGUUGUUACAAUUCCACAGCUGCUGGCUGCGUAGUCUGUCGUGGCCUAAGCGACGCCGGCGUUUGUGUAAAAAGUUGUCCUGCCGACAAGUAUGUGCAGCAUCAGUAUGAUCGUUGCUUCACCCGGGAGCAAUGCUUGAGCUUUCAUGGCCACUUCACGUUUGAGUCGCAGUGCGUGUCCUUCUGCCCCAGCGGCUACCAGCCCAAUAAUGCAUCAGAGUGCGUGCGCUGCUCGGCGCAUGAGGCUUGCGUCAGCGUAUGUAACCCGGAGCAGGCAGAAGGUGUCUUCAUCAUUUACAAUCUGGCGGAUGCGGAUGAGCUGCGUGGCUGUCAGAUUUUAAACAGCAGUCUAAUCAUCACCAUACGCAGUCAGGUAAAUGAGGAGCAGCUGGAGAAGAGCAUGAGCAGCAUACGUGAAAUACGCGGCUAUCUCAAGGUCUAUCGUUCCUCCCAGCUGCUGAGCCUCAAGUUUCUCAGCAAUCUACGCUUCAUAUACGGCGAUCCGCUGGAGAGUGAUCACUAUGCCAUUAUACUCUAUGACAACAAGCAGCUGGCGGACUUGUGGCGCCCCACAGUGCAGCUGCACCUGACGCGAGGCGGCAUGUUUAUGCAUCGCAACAACAAGCUGUGCAACAAGCACAUACAGGAUUUUACAUCUUUGGUCGUACACGACUUGGACAUGGACUCGCUGCAGACCAGCGAUCAGGAAGUGCUUUGCGGUCCAGCCAAGCUGCAAAUGCAAGCACUGGCACGUUCUCACAAACGCAUACUGCUGAGCUGGCCCAAGGCACAGACAAGCCAAAGCGUCGAGAUUCUGUAUCGACCAUUAGCAGCAGGACAACUCGAGACCGAGCACAGCGAGCUCGAGGCGCCAAUUUGCACGCGCAUCAAUUGGCAACGAGAGCUGCUCUUUGCUGAUGAAUUGUCAGGCAAUGAUACACACUAUAGCUAUACGCUGGAGCAACUGCAGCCGGAUACACGUUACAGCUGCUUGGUGCGCACUUUUGGUGGCAGCGUGCAACACGAGGCGCGUAGUGAGCUGCUCUAUGUGCAAACACUGCUGGACAUACCCAAGGAGCCGCUGCUAAGCAUGAGCAAGAAAACCGACAAUGGCUUUACUUUGCGUAUUAGCGCGCAGGAGCAGGAUUACUUUGUGCUGAGCGUCUAUGAGUUGCCGGAUGAUUUGAAGUAUGUGGAUGAGCGUAACUAUUGCAAGCAGCCAGUGUUGAUCUGGCAGAAUAUGGAUGACUGGCCGUCAUACCAGGAGUUCGAUUACGACAGUUGCUGUGCACAUCAUGUCGAGCUUUUCGAGGAGCAGCAUUUUAAGGACGAAAUCCAUGCCAUGUAUCGCUGCAGUCUAGAUGCGCCCUCAAAUUGCGUGCCGCUGCCACGCAGCCAACGCUUGCAGUACAAUCUGACGGGCAAUACAACGCUUCAUGAGCUGCGUUCUCUGCAACGCUAUCGUGAAUAUUCGCUCCAGCUGCAGGCUUGUAACGCGAUUGGCUGCAGCAGCGCUGUCAUUUUGAAUGAGCGCACCAACUACACCAUAGGAGCGGAUCUGAUGCAGCUACGAGCAUGUCAACUGGGCGAUAGCAAGAAGUAUAUUGUUCGCUUUGAAGAGCCCAAGCAACCAAAUGGCUUAAUAGUCAGCUAUAUGCUGCAUUAUCGCAUGAACAUUUCCGAGCAAGUGCAGCUGAGUGAAUUGAGCUGCGUCACACGUCGAGAGCAUGCACUAAACAAUUAUGUGCAUGUGGAUAAUCUAAACUAUACAUACAAUGAAUCCGCCGUGCGCGUGCAUUCUUUGGCUGGCAGUGGUCUGACCGACUUUAUACCCAUUACUGCGUGUGACAGUGAUAUGCAGCUACCUAUUGAACUGGAUCAGCAUCUGCAUAUCGGAACUGUUACAGACGAGACGCCAGAGUCGGAGCACUCCCAUGGACAUGGCUUUAGCAUAUUUGUAUUUGGCUUUUUCUUUGGUUGCACUAUAUCGUUGGUUUGGCUGCUAUACAAGCGUCGCUGCUGGCGCAAGUGGCCAGUUCUGCGUCGCUAUAUGCCUGUGCGUGAGCAGUGGCUGCGCGAGCAUAGCGACGAUCGUGAAAUACUCGUCGAUGGCUUUGAAACUGUGCGCUUUCAGAACAAUAAUCCGAAUAACAACAGCAACAGCAGCAACAUUGAGUAAAGAGCAUGUAAACUUUUGAUUAAAUGUCACCUUACCUUUUAAUA